AGUUCAGAUUUUUCCAUUUUCUGUGUGUGAGAGAGCGCGCCAUGGCCUCCUCUUCCAAGAAACCCAAAGAAGAGAACUCGAAGAAGGAGAAGAGCAACAUUAAAAAACCAGAGAAUAAAGCAAGUGUCUCUCCAAAAGCCAACAAAUCAAAGCCAAAGGCAGACAAAAGUAAGAAGAAGAGCAGCAAUGGAGCCCCGGUCAAGUCCCAGGUUAUUCCCGACCCAUCCUCAAGCACUGAAUCAAACGAGAACAAGACCCACAAGAAUGUUAAACCCGACAACAAGGGGAAACGAAAGGAAAAAAUAGAAGAAAAUGGAGGAGGAGAAGAAACAACGGUGUGUAGGUUUCCAAUGCAGAGAAUCAAGAGGAUAAUCAAGACUGAAGAUUCUCGUAUGGCUAUUUCUCAAGAUGUUGUUUUCCUUGUUAACAAAGCCUCGGAAAUGUUCCUUGAAAAUUUUUGUGAAGAUGGAUACAAAUGCUCCGUGAAGGAUCGUAAAAAAUCGCUUAGCUAUAAGCACCUAGCAACAGUUGUUCAUGAACGGAAGAGAUACGAUUUCCUAUCAGAUUAUGUCCCUCAGAAAAUAAAAGCGGAGGAUGCACUGAAAGAGAUGAAUUCAACUGAGAAAGGGGAAGGAGAACAGAGACAAUGAUCCUGCUUCGACCAACUCGGAGGCUUGUUUACUGUUGUACGUUGGAAACUUGUUUUGCUAACACGGGGCCUGCCAAUUUCAUCAAACAAUGAAAUCUAACUAUUUCACUAGCCUAUGGAAUAUAUAUUUCAUAAUAGGAUUAUUAUCUUUUCUAAAAUCGAAAGUGGUCAUAAUUUGGCUUGACCAUCGGAGCGUUGAUUGAAUAAGACAUUAUAUUGGACUA